GCGCGAGGAGAUACAUCCACUCAGUUUAUUGCCACUGGCAGUCAGGAGGGAACGAAACAGAAACUCCAGUUGAAGAUCCAGAUAGGAGUUUUAACAUGAGAGGACUGUUGGAAGAGCAGAAAUCAGCAUCAACAUGGCAUCGGGAGAAGGAGCAGAUCAAGGGAGUUUUAAAGAUCUGAUCCUGGAUCUGGGAGUUAAGCUGUUACGGGAUUUCAUCUACAGGUGGAUUGAGCGACACAUAAACAGUUUUACUGUGACCAGGGAGCAGCUGGAGGCACCAGAGCUUCAUGACCCAAACCAUAAUAAGAUCGCUCAGUGCCUACAAAAGAUUGGAGAUGAGCUGGAUAGAAAUGAACAAAUAAAAAGGAUUAUGAAGAACCCAGAGCUCAGCUUUUCAUUCAAAGAUUUUUGUGACAUUGUCUAUGAGCUCUUUAAAGAUGGAAAUUUCAACUGGUACAGAGUGGCUGCACUCUUUUACUUGACCAGUAAACUGGUCAUCAGAGCACAUGAAGCAGGACUGCUUGAAAAGAUAAAAGCUAUUAUCAGCUGGGCCAUCGACUACCUCCGGGAAAAUCUGAUCAACUGGAUAAGAGAGCAAGGUGGCUGGGAGGCCAUUUACCUCAGCACUCCUACUUGGCAGGCAGUAGGGGUUUUCCUGGCUGGAUUUCUAACAGCUAUUUUUGUCAUGCUCAGAAUGUGAGUGGAGAUCAAAAAGCAGACGGGGAGAACUACAGUAGAAGGAACUCCAUCAAAAGAAAGGAAUGGCAAAAGUGUCUUAACUGAAGUUUAUUUUAUGAAAUAAGUUCAGCACAAUCUGCCAAAAACUCACUUUAUCUCCACAUAGAGGACCUAGUCUUUUCAAGGCUGCAUACUUCAGAGAUAUGUGUACAUGAUUCAUUUUAUUUUAUGACAUUGUAAUUGGGACCUUAAUGUGGCUUCCAAUUAAACCUUGACCCAUCAGUGAUUCUUUGCUUCUUUCUGCCACAUAUCUACUUUGUCUAUGCAGAAAAAAUGUAUGUUUACAUUUGUUUUUUAUCAGCCUUCGUGUUUUCUGAAGUCAUGUGGAUCUUGGGGGCUUGAAAUUGGUGUCAGUUUUCCAAAAUAUCAUUUUAUUCAAAUACUAAUGUUCAAAUAUUUGACAUUUUCUUCAUUGUACGGGGGACAUGACAAUCACAAAUACUGCAAAAGGAUAAGUAAUAAUAAUUUUUAACUAUAUAAAAUGACUAACAACUAGCCAUGUGUUAUUUGAUAAAAUGCUUUCAAGUUUACAGAUUAAGUAGUUAUUUUAUAAUGUUCCUGUUCUCGUUGCUCAUGUAUUGUUUAGCAUUUAAACUGUCUAGAAGUAACAGAUCAGGGUAAAUUAUAAUUAACUUAAAUGAGACUUCAUAUUUCCACAAAAAAGAUUUGUGUCAACUGUAAUAAAUUCAAGUGAUACAAUAGAAAACAGCACUCAAAACAAACAAUGAUUUUUAUUAAUUAAUGUUUUUUAUUUCUAUUUUUCUAUUGAUUUGUAAAAAUAGUUACCUUACAUUUGUACUUUUUUUUAUUAUUUACCAAAUAUUUAAUUGUUAAAAGGUCUGUAGAAGAAGCAAAAGCUUCCACAUGUAACUUUAGGUCACUUUUGGUACAUAUAAAUGCCUGAGGGCACUUAUUUUGUAUUGUAGCACUUAUAUUAUUGUACGUUUUGAACUGACAGAAAUAAACAAAACAACCUGUCAAUUC